GUUUUCUGGUCUACACGGGUAGCAAUCAAUGGAAGUAGUAUACACUUUGUAAUGUACAUUUGCUAUGUUGUUAAACUUUACCGGUGUUUAUAGUAAUUUUUUAGUAGUUGCGAGUUAGUUACGUGUGUGUAAAUAAUAUUACAAUACCAACCAUUCAUUGGCAGUUGCUUUGUGAAUUGUUUGAAGUGUUGUGUAAGUUUCGAUGUGCAUACGGAGUGCAAACUAUGACCGCCCCAACCGCAGAGCGAGGCUGCAAUUACAUUCCCUUACUGAACGGCUAUCGGAUAUUCAGCAUAUGAAUAAGUAACAAGAGGUGACACCAUGGAAGAGGAACAAGAACAAUCCAAGCCCGGGUCCCCGCCUUCCUGUGGGGGUGGUGAUGAGGAGCUGGAACUGGAGGAAGCGUCCGCGGAGGAGGAGGAAGAGGAGACACUAUCUCCGCCGGGCAGCCAGACACCAUCCCAGCCUGCCACCAGCCCAGGAGCGUCUCCGGCUUCCUCGGGCUCCGUCCCCGCGACACCGGUGCAGGAGUCUCGGCUGAUGUUCUUUACUGGGAAGCCGCUGAACAUCCGGCGCGGCCGGGGCCGGCCGCCCUACAAGGAGAGGGCGACGCAGAGGCAGGGUCGGCGCAGCUCCCUGGGCAUCAAGCUCAAGAGGUGGAAGAGUCUGACGAAGGAAUCUCCCAGCAGAGAAGGCGACCCCGAGCAGCCGAGCCCGGCAGGAGACGGAGACGGGGCCGGAGCCGAGACGGAGAAGGCUCUACUGCCCGAGGAGCCACCCUACUUCCCUGAGCAGUGGCCGGGCAAGGUGUGCGCGCUGUGCAACCUGGGCGAGCGCAGCCAGCUGGGACAGGGGGACCUGCUGCAGCUGACGUACUCCCCCGAGGAGCUGGCUGCGCUGUUGAAGGAGCGAAGCGAUGCUGGCGCCGAAGGCGGCCUGUCGCUGGCGGGCGACGCUGACUCCGUCAUCGGCAGCAGCCCUAGCCGCGGGAAUGGCCACGCUCCGGCAUUUGGAGGCCUUGCGGUGACUGUACGGCGCCAGAAGAGCAUGGCCAAGUGCAAAAAUCCUUGCCCCACCAAUUCCGUUGAACCAGUGGACGAACUCAGUGUAGUUGGGUACCUCGACGAACCGGAUGUGGCGUCCAUCUUUGAAGCCUCGGGCCAUUUUUACGUCCACCAAGCGUGCGCAUUGUGGUCGCAAGGUGUGACACGCUCCGAGGACCUGGUGUUCCGCAACGUGGCGUCGGCCGUGGUGCAGGCGGCCAACCGCCGCUGUUCACACUGCGGUCACUUCGGGGCGAGUGUCGUGUGUAGGGUCGCCAACUGCGGGCGGGCACUCCACUUCCCUUGCAGUGCUGCAUCCGGUGCGUUCCAGGAGUGCAAGUCCGUCACAGUGGUCUGCAGCCUCCACUUGGAUCAGGUCCCCUUGCUCUUGUCCGGAGAGGGGGCGUGUGUGAGCUGCUUCGGGCUGGGCGACGUCGCGAACCUGGUGAUGUGCACGGCAUGCGGACAGCACUGGCACGGCCUCUGCCUGUCGAUGGCGCUGCUGCCCGGAGUGCGUGCCGGCUGGCAGUGCCUGGGGUGUCGCGUCUGUCAGGUGUGCCGGCAGCCGGGUGAGGAGGAGUCCAAGAUGAUCGUCUGCGAGUCCUGCGACAAGGGCUACCACCAGACCUGUCUGCGGCCCGUCGUUACUACCGUCCCCAAGUACGGUUGGAAGUGCAAGUGCUGCCGUGUAUGCUCGGACUGCGGGUCACGCACGCCAGGUGCCGGCCACUCGUCGCGCUGGCACGCCCACUACACGGUGUGCGACUCCUGCUACCAGCAACGCAACAAAGGCUUCUGUUGCCCACUGUGCCGACGCGCAUACCGCGCGGCAGCCUACCGUGGAAUGGUGCCGUGCAGUCUCUGCAGAAAGUUUGUGCACGGAACGUGUGACGCCGAGGCUGACCUCGUAACGUACCAGCAGAGGAAAGAGAGCCAGCCGGACUACGAGUACGUCUGCCCCAUCUGCAAGAGCCUCACUCAGCCUGGCCGCACUCUGCUGCCCAAAGCUCGCAAAGAUAGUGUGGACGAUGCAGGCCCAGACUCUAGCCUGUCGGCGUCCCGAGAGUCACUGUACCUGGAGGAGGACAUGGAUGUGGAGACCUCUCCUUCAGAGAGGGUGUGUAGCCCUGCUUCUGCUUCCGCUUCCGAUGAGUACACAUUCUCGGACCGAGCGGAGCUCCGCGGAGCGGUCGGCCUCGGCAAGGGGAAGCCUUUCUGUGCCGGCAAGAUCGCCAAGAAGAAGCUGGGCCUGUCGGGGAGCAUGCGUGGCAAGGGCGGCCACGGUUACCACAAGCGGCAGCGCCUCACCGACUUCGGGCGCAAGCGCGGGCCCAAGGCGAAGAUGAGGGGCGUGUUCGGGGCGCCGGGAGUCGGCCUCCAGAGGCCCCAGGUGGACACGUCCCAGCAGAGCGGUGGGCGGCAGCCGGCGGACGAGGAGCAUGGCAUAGAGAACAGGCUGGUGCUGUGUUCGGCCAAGGACAAGUUCGUACUGACGCAGGACCUGUGCGUCAUGUGCGGCGCCAUCGGCAUCGACCAGGAGGGCUGCCUCAUUGCCUGCUCCCAGUGUGGUCAGUGCUAUCACCCCUACUGUGUCAACGUCAAGGUGACGAAGGUGAUCCUGCAGAAAGGCUGGCGUUGCCUGGACUGCACGGUGUGCGAGGGCUGUGGCCUGCGUGACGACGAGGCGCGCCUCAUCCUGUGCGACGACUGCGACAUCUCGUACCACAUCUACUGCAUGCAGCCGCGCCUCGAGUACGUGCCCCAUGGCAACUGGAAGUGCAAGUGGUGUGCCGUGUGCACUGUGUGUGGCAGCAACGACCCCGGAUUCAACUGCACUUGGCAAAAGAGCUUCACGGAGUGCGGUCCCUGCGCCUCGAUGAAUACUUGCCCGGCGUGCAGCGACGCCUAUUGCGAAGGAGACCUCAUUAUACAGUGUGUGCAGUGUGAGAGGUGGCUGCACUGUGCCUGCGACCAGAUCAAGACAGAGUCGGAAGCAGAGCGGUGUUCGGAGGAGGGCUACACUUGCCUGAUGUGCAGGCCGCGCGACGAGCCGCCCCCGCACCUACUGCCCUCGUCCAACCUCGCCCCCAGGCCUCCACCACCAGUCUGCAAGAGUCCGGAACUACCGCCGAAGGUCGGAUCGCAGGCACAGUUCUAUGUGGACGGUGUCUGCCUUUCGGAAGUGGGGUUGCACCAGAUCAAGUCACUGACCAUGGAGCAGCAGAUCGUCCCACGAAAGAAGAGGUAUUCACGAAAGCUGUCGACGAAGGCCGACAAGGAGGCCGGUAUAAUGGCUACGAUAGAGUCCGUCGUCGCGGGAGGCAGUCAAGACGAGCAGCCGGUUGUGAAAGUGGAGCCGGCCAUCGAGUACAGGGAGGGCAUGGUGUGGCACGCCGGGGAGGAUGGCGGCCCUGCCGAGCCACCUGAGGGCUUCACGGUCUACACGACGGACAGCGGUGUCAUGAUUUUGCGCAGGAAGAGGCAGCGCAACCUGCAGAAGCUCGGUAUCGGAGGCUUCGUCGUCCGCCUCCGCGGCACCCGGUACAAGGAUGAAGAGGGCGGGGUCGGGGCAGACGGUGCGGGGAGUGCCGCCUGCUCUACUGGUGAGACGAUCGGGGGAGGAGCCGCCGUGCACGGCCAUGGCACUGAGGACGGUAUGAAGCCCCGCCGCAAACCGAACCGGAGGAGGCCCCGCAACCGCCUCAUGGAGUGCUACCCUUCGUACCUGCAGGAGGCAUUUUUUGGACGGGAGCUCUUAGACACAACAAAGGAGAAAGAAAUUGGUAGCAGUGACUCUGAAGGAGAGUCAGCGACACCUAAUGUUGGCGAGGACAAGAUUAUACAGCUAUCGCAGGAUGAAAUAAAAGCUAUAGAGGAACUGAAACCAAAAGAAGAAAGUGAGACAGAAAAGAAAGACAAGAAGGGGGACAAUGAAGGGGAGAACUCGGGCAGCAAGUCGCCAGACAAGGAGCAGGUGGCCGGUGACGAUGCUGACGGGAGUGACUCUGAGGUGCUGAACAUGCUGCCGUUACCGGGUGACCUACUGGACACCGACCUCGUCGACACAAUCAUGAACGAGGAUGAUGACGACAUCGCGAAAACCGGGGAUAACCUCGAUGAAAUUGGCGAAGACUCGGAGUUGAAUGACUCGCUUCCUAUAACAGACGGUGGGGCAGACGUUUCGGGGACCAGUCAGAAGGACGAGCUCACGGACAUCUUGAGUCCGCACUUUAACCUCGAGUCUAUGGUGCGAGACACUGGUCUCCCCAACAUGGACAGCCGUGAUGUGGAGGAAAUCAUCAAAGGAGUGCUGACAGACGAAGAGUCCCAGGAGUCGGUGUUUCCCACGGGAGCUGCCACCGCCCAGCAGACUUCAGGAGUGCAGCCCAGCACAGCUCUGCAGAGGACGCAGGUGGGGGGACCGCUGCCACCUGUCGUACCUUCGAGCCUGUCGUCGCCGUCGCCCUACCACUCUGAGUACAGCAAUAGUCCGCAGUUCAGCCCUGCGUUCUCGGAGCCGGCCAGCCCGUGGAUGUCUCCUGCGGAAGUUGGUGACGGUGAUGGCGUUUCCUCGUACAAUGCUCGCACGGCAUUAAAAAUGGAGGCAGAUGAGCCGCUUGGCGACCAGGCUACAAUAUCUGCUGUACUGUACGCAAACCUCCACCAUCCAGAGCUGAAGAAGGAGUUUCCAGCUUGGAACGAUCGAGCGAAACAGAUCCUGAAGAAGUGGAGGUCAUUACCGUCGGAGCGUAAGGCGCCGUACCUGCAAAUGGCCCGGGAGAACCGAACUGCACAGCGGAUGAAGAAGACGCAGCAGGACCAGGAGCGGCUACUGCAGCAGCAGAAGACGUCACGCGAGGCGGAACAGGAGCGGCAGUGGAAGCAGCUGCAGGCGCUGCGGCAGCAGCAGGCGCACCAGCACCAGCAGGUGAUCCAGGAGCAGCGCGUGCAGGCAAUGGCAAGAGUGCACCGACAGAUGAGUGUUGACGGCAUCCCGUUCCCUGCAGAGUCGCAGCAAGUCGCUGCCGGACUAUCGCCUCAGGACGGUUGUCUGACAUCACCGGUGGGCAUCCGUCCUCCCCCAUUCCCUCCACCUGCGGGGAUUCCUUCCGGUGCCCAGAAGGGGCAGCGACUGCCGAGUCCAGGUGCGGGUGCAGUUCCGGGCGGCACGAUUUUCCCACACCCUGUGGCAGCCGCCGUGACUGGGGUGGGCGUCCCGCGGCCGCCGGCGCCUCCCCCGCAGUCGCAGCGCGCCUUCCAGCCGGCCCUGGUGGGGAUUCCGCCUCUACCCGAGCAGCCGCAGCAAGUGGCCGUGUUCCGGUCGGCCGCUUCCGACGUCGUGGACCCGUACGCCCAGCCGCCGCACACCCCGAGGCCUCCAGCUCAGCAACAGUUCCCACCGAUGAUGGCCGCAGUGCAGAGGUACACCCCGACACCGUACCCUCAAGGAGCUCCACCACCGCCUCCGCCGGGUAUGCGCGCCGUCCAGUUUGCUGCCGCUGCUGCCGGAGGCCCGGCCCCCCCGCGACACGGGUUCGCUCCGCGCGGUCCAGACGCGGGAGGGUACGUGACGGCUGCCAGCCUGGGCUUCGUCCGCCCUGGCCCGCCUGUCGUACAGGCCCAUGUGGGCACGCCGCCCCAGUCCACCGGCGUAGGUGUGGGUGCGGUGGCGGCCGCAGACCCGUACGCCAUGCCGUCUCUGACGCCUAGACCUGCACAGGAACAGCUGCGGGACCUCCUGCAGACCAAGAAGGCGGCAGAUGAGCAGCCGGUGCCCAGGCUGUGGGCGGCAGAUCAGCUGGCGCCGCAGCAGCAUGGUGGCGCGGAGGUGGCGGCGGACCCCGGCGCGGAGUUCCGGCAGCCGCUGCCACCCGCACCGUCGCGCCCGCCGCGCCUCGCUGCCCCCGCUGUGAUCAGGGCUGCCCAGCUGCCACUGCAGGCACAGGCUGCACUCAGGGCGCCCCUCCAGGGCCUGGACCCGAGAAUCCGACACGUUCUGCAGCAGCGGUACCCGGGAGCACUGCUGCGUGCGCAGCGCAACCCUCUGGAUCCUUACGACCAUCUGGUGCAGCAUACCCAGCCGCAGGCGCCUCCACAGCCACAGCACCAGGAACCGCCCCCACAGCCGUCGCCGUUCGCUGCUGCCGGUGCCAUUGUGUCAUCGGAUGCUCAAGAAAUACCUGAAAGUGUGACCGAAGAGCUGGAGAAGUUGGAAGAAGAAGGCGUUGGAGCGAUACUUGGAGAACUGGGCGACGAUGACGAACUACUUGAGAUGGGCAACGAUUUCAACAUCUUGGAGUAUGCGGAUCCAGAACUGAGCAGUGUAGUGGGAGGAGAAAAGACGAACAUACUGGAUGACAACCUGGACCUAGAGGAAGUAGCGGCAGGAAGGACAAACGACGAUCACAAAGGGGUCAAGAAGGAGCCGCCAGCGACUGCCGUGAGCACGACACCCGCCGUCCGGCCACCUGCCCCGACACCGUCCACACCGACAAGUCACUCAUCUACGCCAAAGUUAGCUGAGACUCCAUCCCCGAGACAGCAGGUAAAAGAAGAGAGUUCUGAUCAACCAGUGGCUCCAAGCACAAGCUCCUCAACUCCGGAACAACAGGUAUUGGCGAGGCAGGCCUUCCCGGGCACCAGCCCCACCCACUACGCCGGCGGUGCACCCGGCGGGACGUCUCCGACAGCGGCGGCGACGGGACUGCACCUGCAGCGACUCCCUAUACACGUGCAAGCUGUGAUCCACCACCAGCAACAGCAACAGCGCCUGCAGCUGCGGCCGGCCGGCCCGCAGCGCGUCGUGUCGGUGGCUCCGGCGACCGGCCAGCGCCUGGGUCUCGCCCCGCCGCCUCCGCCCUACCCGGGGCCGCCGCCCCCUUACCCGGGUCAGCAGGUGCAGGUGAGCCUGCGCAACCUGAUGCCUCCGAGGGCGCAGACGCCGGCGCCCCAACCUCAGCCGCAGGGUGCAGCCGUCGUCCAGCCGCGCAGGCCACUGCUGCUACAGUCUGUCCAACUGCAGGAGCAGCCCCUGCUGCUGGAGGAACUCCUCGAGCAGGAGAAACGUGAGCAGCAGCAGCAGCAGCAGCAGCAACAACAACAACAGCAGGAGGGGCCCGAGGCCGACUUCUCCACGGGGGCCACUGGCGUCACACCGCAGUCUCCCCAGCAAGGACAAGGUGCACUCCCGAGCCCGGGGGGCCUGCGACAGCAGUUCCUAGGCGGCGGCGUGCGGCCGGCAGUCCCCACCUCCCAGCAGUCACUGGGCACCGGGGCCAGCACGGCGCGGCCUCCUCCGCCACCGCAGGGUCCGCCAUCCGGAGAAGCUGCCGGAGGCAGCAGAGUCCCCCCAUUCGGCGCGCCGAGCCUGCCGCCUCCGCCCGCGCCGCCGCCAGACGACGUCGUGACGGAGGCGGACAGGCAGCAGCAGGCGGCGUACGAACAGUGGCUCUCACACCAGAUGCAGCUCGUGUCCGCCCAGCUCAAGUAUUACGAGUGUGAGGUCAGCAAGCUGCGCAAGACUCGAAAGUCCCUGAACAGCAAGCAGCGCUCACUGCGCAAGGCGGGGUCGGAGCUGGGGGAGGCGGAAGCCGGACAGCUGGCGCAGGUGACGGCGGAGACGGCGGCUCUGCAGAAGCACCUGGAGGCGGCUCGCCGGCAGAGCCGCCAGCACAGCAUGCUCGUGCAGGAGUAUCGCAACAAGCAGCAGCAGAAGCAGCGUUCGCAGCUACCAGCCAGCGGAGUCGCGGAGCCCCCGUCUCCGACAUACGUGGCGCGCUCGCCGACAGUGCCUUCGCCUGCCGGAGGGGGGGCGUCGCCGCUCCCCAGCCCCGGGGGGCCCGCGACACUGCAGCAGCAGCAGCAGCAGCAGCAGCAGCAGCUGAUGGCACCGAGCCCAAGCUCUGCCGCCAACCGCGGCCAGUCGCCUUCUCCCCGCACGGGCACACCUCAGUCGCAGCACGGCGAGGAGAGCGCUUUCAGCCCGGGAGCGCAGAUGCCGUCUCCGGGACGCCUGACUUCGCCGUCACCCCAGCAGAGGAUGUCUUCGCCACAGCACCGGACAACGCCUAGCCCGUUUCCUUCUGACCAGAUGAGGAUCCAGCAUGCGGGCCCCCGUUUCGCGCGCUCCCCCCUCGGGCUGGGGACGCCGCAGCCACAGCCGGCCGCCGCCGCCUCCCCCGCGGAGUUGCACCGCCCGCGCAGCUUGCCGGCCGGCUACGGGUCGGGUGCCAGUGAGCGGGCGUCGCCCGUGGGCGGACGGCCCUCGGGGGGUGCGGGCUCGUCGCCGGCGACUCCUGCGGCGGGCUCGUCCCAGCAGCAGCGGCAGCAGCAGCAGCAGUUGAUCGUGCAGCGCCACAUACAGCAGCAGCAACAGCAGAUCCUGCAGCAGGAGCAGCUGCAGCACGAGCAGCAGAACGCGCUGGCCACGCUGCAGCAGCGCCAGCAGCAGCUCUCCCUGCAGCAGCGCCACCAGCUGCUGCAGCAACAGCAACAGCAGAUGCUGCAACGCCAGCAGCAGCUCCUUCUGCUGCAACAGGGAGGUGGCAGCCCGGCCCCGCCACCGCAGAGCCCGACGACUCCGUCCCCACGGCAGCAGCUGACACCCCAGCCCAGGGUCUCCGGCAGUCCGCAGGGUGCAGAGCACCCGCCCACACCCCAGCAGCAGCAGCAGCAGGAUCGGCAGCACGACGGCGAUGGGGGAGGUGGAGGUGGGGGUGGGGGUGGUGGGGGUGGCAACCCACACAACCCUCUGAACCCCAUCCCCAUUCUGAGGUUGUUUGGCCGCUACGGCACUUUCAAGCUCGGCCUCCGCGGAGGAUCACCGAUGUGGGGGUACGGACAGCCACCGUCUACCGGCACUGCCGGUGGAAGCGGUGGCGGCGGCGGCGGUGGCAACGGAGGAGGCAGUUCGGCCCCCCCUACGCGCCAGCAGCCGGACACGUCACUCGUCUGCGCCGACUACAACGAUUUCGACGACGAGAGCUCGCACACUCCUCCGUCUGCACCUGGCGAGAAGGACGCCACUCGGCCGCACACCUCGAUCACGGCAGAGGAGGAAGUCGCGUGCGAUGCCGGUGCCGGGACGCCGCCGCCGCAACCGCAGACGCAGACGCAGCCGCCUCCCCGGGGGUCCGCAAUCCCGUCGGUACUCGGUUCGAACGGUGAUCUCCCGAGGGACAGGUCGGAGCUGGAACCUCCCGGAAGAAUUGCCAUUAUAGGACCUCGCUCGGGUCCGGAGAAGAUAGUGGCGACGACAGACACCCCCGAAUCGCCGGAUCAGGUUGAAAUGAAUGUAGACCCAUCACCAGAACCAUUCCUGCCCACUCCAGAGACUGUGGGUAGCAAAGAGGAAGAAGAAAUGGCAAUCCACCAAGAAGAAGUUGUCAUUCAAGUGGACAAGUCUUCAGGGAAGCAGGAUUCUUCACGAGCAGGAGCUGAUGAGUGCCAUGUGGAAGGGAAGCUGCCGUCGGCACCGGAAAUGUCGCCGUUCGCGACGCCGACUCCGCCUCCCCUACCGCCUCCCGGCACGCCCUCCCACACACCGCCCGCCACCCCGCAGAGCCCGAGGGUGGCCGCACAGUCGCCUUACCAGCACCAGCAGCCCGUCACGGCGUCGGUCAUAGCCCGCCGCCCGACGCCCUCUCCUCCUCAGCACCAGCAGAGUCACCACCAUUACCAGCAGCAGCAGCUACAACAGCAACAGCAGGAAGAAGAAUCGCACCAGAAGCAGAUGCAGAAGACGUCUCCAUCCCCUUCGGUGCACGAGUCGGCGCACUUGUCGUCUAGGCUCCCCCCGUAUGGGUUAACUCCGACAUCGCGGGCCACCGGUGUAAGCGUCAUAGCCAGCACACCUCGGAUGUCAGCAUCUGAGCAGUCAGGUGUUCCGAAUGCCGACGAGAGGAACAGGGUGGAGCCGAGACCUAGUGUCCUCGAAGGCCCAGCAGCAAGGCAGCUGGCGGACGUAGAGAACUCGUUCAAGGUCAUACAUUCCAUAGUUACAGAAGCAAAAUCACAGAGUUCGACUCAACAGCAUUCUGAAACAAGACCGACUGUAUUCGCUGUAGCUGAAAAAUCACGUGCUCACCUUCAAGACGAGAAUCUGUCGGCACCGAUCCCGCGGUCGGAAGAAAACAUUUCGGUUCCCGUCUCACUGGGAACGGUUUCGCACAGAAGUCAGCCCGUCGACGACCGUUUCCGGUCGGCAGUUCCCACGAGUAGCCACGCGGUCGGUGUCGUUUCUCUCGACAGACGACUCGCACCCGGGCCCUACGAGACCACACGGGUGGAUACGCUAUCGAUGGGACUGGCAAACGCCGAACGGCGAGACUCGGAGCAGACGAUUAGAGCGUCAGUCCUGGGAGACCAACUGCGCGCCGCCGCGACCGCAGCUGCAGAGCGCUCGCGCUCCCUCGACUCAGAGCCUGGUGUCGUCCGUUCCGUGCUGGAGAGCCGUCUCAUUGGGCAGCAGCAGGUCCCGACUUCAAGCCCUCAGAUGCACCACCACGUCGUCCCACCGCCCACAUACAGACCACUGCAACAACAACAACAACAACAACAACAACAACAGCAGCAGCAACAACAACAACAACAACAACAACAACAACAACAACAACUGCUGCAGCGGGCUGGUGCUGCCCCUGUGACUUCGCGCAGCGUGUCGACGCCAUCGCCUCUGCAGCAGCUCCCGGCCGUGUCGUCGCCGGUCCAUCAACAGCCACGCUCUGCCGAGCAGUCUCCCGGCUCUGCAGUGCACCAGUACGUCUCCGUCAACACGUAUGGAAGUGUCGUCAGCAGAUCACCACCAGUCGCAAGGACGCCGACGACGCCGUCACCUCGAUACCACCUGCAAGACUCGUCGCCACCCCCACUGUCGUACCAACAGUCGGCGACCACUUUCGUGCACAGCUAUGCAAAACCUUCGAUCAAGCAAGAGGAUUCACCGAAACAGUACCCGCCUGCAGUGACAGUGAAGACGGAGCCGGCGGAUGUGGACCGGCUGGUGUCGCAGGUGCCGCAUCUUCCCCACCAACACCCCCACCACCAGCCGCCCCCGCAGCCGCAGCAGCAGCUCCUCUACCAGCCGAAGGCGGAGCCCCACUCUGGACAACCGCCACCCAGCUGCAAGUACCAUCCGGGGGUGCGCCCCGCGGACGACUCGCAGAACGUGCUGCUGAAGCAGCUGCUGCAGAACGCGGGCUGCGCGACGGGCGGCGCGGCCGGAGGCGGCUGCGGCCGGGCGCCCCCCGCGGCUCCCCUCCCCCCGACCUCCGCCUCCGCGGUGACCGUGCCGUCCCUGGAGCAGCAGCUGGCGCGGCCGGUGCCUCCGACGCCCUCGGCCCUGCUGCCUCCUCUGCUGGACGAGCGGGCGCGGCCGCCCCCGCCCCCGCAGGCGCAGCAGCGGGCCGCGGCACAGGCGCCCCGGCGUCCCGACUUGCAAAUGCAGCAUCGCAUUCUGCAGCAACAACAGCUGCAGCACCUGCAGCAGCAGCAGCAGCAACAACAACAACAACAACAGCAACAACAGCAGCUGUUACUUCAACAACAACUGCAACAACAGCAGCAGCAACUGCAGCAGCAGCAGCAACAACAACAGCAGUUGCAGCUUGAGCAACCUCAGCAACAACUUUACCACCAGCAGCAACAGCAUCUAUCUCAGCAGCAGCAGCAGCAGCAGCAGCUGAGCCUGCAGCUGACACCGGGCGAGCAGCGAGUGCGCGGCCCCGGGUCUGGUGCCGAGCUGCUGUCGCCGCCCACGCCGCGAUCGUUCACCUCACCGUCCGCAUCGCCCCUCACCUCUCCACAGGUGGCAGGCAAGGGUGGGCCCCAGCAGAUCAGCCCCAUGCCAGCGAGUGAGAUAAAACGGGAGCAGCCGGACGUGCUGAGCCCCACUGGCAAGCUGGAGCCGAAGGAUGAGGCGAUGGACCUUCUGGGCCAGGACCAGGCGUCUCUGGAGUUGAAGAAGUUAAAAAGGCGCCAGUACCAGCAGAAGCGCCGUCAGAGCCAGGGCAAGGAAGCUUCGACAACCCCGAAGAAAAGGCCGCGCAAGGCGGAAGAAGACUACGACACGUUUGUGGAGAACGUGAUGACACAGUUGCGGCAGUUGCCACCUCUGUCGAUUCUCGAGCCGACUCUGGCCAGGAACCACUCGGCGUGCCCCGUGUUCGGUGCAGGUGACGCUACGAAGGUGGGACCCCUGACCGGAGAACUGCGUGGCAGAUACGGGAGUGCAUCGUUACCCAAUGUUUCGGACCAUUACAACACGAGGCCAUUCGGUCCUCUGCCGCCACUGCCUCCUCUCCCACCUCCGUCGACACAGCGAGGGUUUUACGACCAGGAGUUUGCUUCUGUUCGUUUUGAUAAUGACAGUGACGAUAAGAAAGAUCAUCGGGAGAGAGAUAACGACACGCCGGACACCAUUAUAAGUUCGUCUUCUCCCGAGUGUGUUUUCAGAGAUCUUCCACUUCGUUUUCCAGGUUUACAAUUAAUUAAAGAUGAAGACGAAGACGAAAGUGAGGAAGACAGCAAGGCGUGGGCAGCACGCCGCACCUCUCCUGUCAUUCCACUUGUCACUCCGAUACCCAUCCGGCUGCGCCCACCACCACACUACGCCAAGGAUGCUGCCGAUGUGGACAAGGAAAACGCCGGAGGGCCUCAACUGCUGGUGCGCCAGCGGUUCGGCCCGUCCCCACCGGCUCCAUUGCGAGACUCCGGCAACGUGACGGUGACACUGACGCUGACGGCCGCUGCCGCCGAGGACAUUGCGGGCGUCCUGCACCGGCUGGCUGGCAUCCUGCGAGUGCCAACGCCCGCGGCGUUUGACGUAAUUGAGAGGACGAGUACGCCACCCUCCCAGAAGUUGGGGCUGUACAGGACUCGCGGGAAGGACGGCAAGGAAGGAGCUCCCGUAGAUAUCCAGAGCAUCCUGAACGGCGCCGCAAAAUUUUGCCGUCACUGCGACGUUGUGAUCCUGACGAACCUGAUACGCAAGAAGGUGAGUGAGAUCCCGGGUUUGUCGGCAAGGGAGGAGCUGGUGGCGGACACGGGGCCUGACGGGGACGUCUACUUCUGCAGCGCCGCCUGCUACAUGCAGUUCGCCCUCAUGCACCGCUCCCCGACUCUCAACCAGCAGGAGAAGGCUGCAGCUGUCGUGGACCACGUGAGUCAGGAAAUGAAACGAGAGGUGAAGAUAAAGGAGGAAGUGGUGGAGCCGGCACAGGCAGAGUCCGCCGACGGAGAGCACGAAGCGGACAAGCUUGUAAUAAAGAUCAAGGAAGAACUGCCUGAUCCAGACGAAACAUCUCAGACCUCCAACGAGCCCGUCACGCCGACCGGCAAGGCAAAAGUGGAAGAGCCGACUAGUGCGGAGCCCCCGGCAGAGGAAUUUCAGCGCCCCGAGAAGCGCAGCCACCGGGCGGCAGCUGGUGAAGAGCCCGCCCGCAAGGUGUGGAAGGGCGUCCGCUACCGCUACUGGAACCCGGGCUCCAUACAGCCGGCAACCAAGUACAAGAAGCCAACCGAGCGGGAGAUUACAGAGAUGCUGUUUCGCAUGGGGAUCACAAUGGCACCAUCAAAAAUGCCCGAGGACACUCGCAAAUGCCUGUUCUGUCAUCAGAUAGGAGACGGAGUGGCCGACGGGCCCGCCAGGCUUCUCAACUUCGACGUGGACCGCUGGGUGCACCUGAACUGUGCACUGUGGUCGGACGAUGUGUACGAGACGGUGAACGGUGCGCUGAUGAACCUGGAGAGUGCGCUGCAGCAGGGGAUGCAGGCGACGUGUGCACUUUGCACCCUAGCGGGCGCUACGGUGCGCUGCUUCAAGCUCCGCUGCUCCUCUGUCUACCACCUGGGCUGCGCCGUCAAGGACGGCUGCGUCUUCUACAAGAACAAGUCGAUGUACUGUGCCACCCACAUACCGAAGAAUGAGAAGGACAACGAGCUGACGACGCUGGCAGUGUUCCGGCGCGUGUACGUGAACCGUGACGAGAACCGGCAGGUGGCGGCAGUUAUGCACCAAUCGGCGGACCAAAGCAACCUGCUGCGUGUGGGCGGUCUCAUCUUCCUGAGUGUGGGGCAGCUGCUGCCACACCAGCUGCACGCCUUCCACUCGCCCUCCUGCAUCUACCCCAUUGGCUAUAAGAUUGUGCGCUUCUACUGGAGCAUGCGGGUGCCGAACAAGCGGUGCCGCUACGUGUGCAGUAUCCACGACGUGGCGGGCCGGCCCGAGUUCCGCGUGCUGGUGCAGGAGCCGGCGCAGGACGACCUGGAGCUGCGGGACACGUCGCCGCGCGCCGUCUGGGCGCGCAUCCUGGAGCCUCUGGCGGCACUGCGGCGCCAGCAGGGCGGCGUCCAACUCUUCCCGAAGUACCUGUCCGGCGAGGACCUGUUCGGCCUGACUGAACCGGCCGUAGUACGCGUGCUCGAGAGCCUGCCCGGUGUGGAGACACUGACGGACUACCGCUUCAAGUACGGACGCAACCCGCUGCUGGAAUUGCCGCUGGCCGUCAACCCGUCGGGCUGCGCACGGACCGAGCCCAGGGCGCGUGGCCAGCUGCCAUGGAAGCGGCCGCACACCCAGCGGACGUCGACGCUCAACCGCAACGCGCCCUUCGUCCCCGCCCUCACUUAUGGCGGCAUCCAGGGGGAGGCGGCGUGCCCCUACUCGAAGCAAUUUGUCCACUCCAAGAGUUCGCAGUACAAGAAGAUGAAACAGGAGUGGAGGAACAACGUGUACCUGGCCAGGUCCAAAAUACAAGGGUUAGGUCUUUAUGCAGCACGAGACCUGGAGAGACACACAAUGGUCAUAGAGUAUAUCGGGGAAGUAAUCCGCACCGAAUUGUCCGAAGUUCGUGAAAAACUGUACGAAGCAAAGAAUCGAGGUAUAUACAUGUUCCGCCUGGACGAAGACCGUGUGGUGGACGCUACCCUGUCGGGCGGCCUCGCUCGGUACAUUAACCACUCGUGUAACCCCAACUGCGUGGCGGAGACUGUAGAGGUGGAGAGGGACCUCCGCAUCAUCAUUUUUGCCAAGCGACGCAUAUCACGUGGUGAAGAGCUGGCGUACGACUACAAGUUUGACAUCGAAGACGACCAGCACAAGAUACCGUGCAAUUGCGGGGCUCCCAACUGCCGUAAGUGGAUGAACUGAGCCGGACACCACUUCCGGAAGGAGCGACCGCCGAGUACCCGAUCGCCUCUCCGAGUGGUACACCGGCCAUGUCGAAGUCCGCACCCGGGUGUCGAGGGGUUGCUUGCAAACUGUACCCUAGUUCGAGAGGUUACCUGCGGUGUGGUGCCGUAAGGAUUUAAUCUGAUGCCUUAAAAAUUUUGUUGCCUUAUAUUACACACUGGGAGAACUGACAGCUCAAAGUUAUGUCCUCCCUCUCAAAGUACACGCUAAGGUCCGUUAUUUCUUCAGUUAAACGUGCGAUCCGGGAGAGAACACCUCGAUGCACAUGUGAGAGGAGGAAUGUAAAACUGACAAUACCUUUAAGAGUGCCUGCGUCAGCCAGAUUCCCGAGUAAAACUGGGAUCACGUACUCGUAGUAGGUCGGUACACGGGUAACUGAUUAACUCACUUUACCGACCCGCCUUAUACAACAAUAAUUGUACGAAAUUUAUUUUGAGAAAUUUAGGUAACUGCCGUUCAGAAGUGACCUUUGACAAACAAUAUUCGUGUCAUUUGAUUGUGGUGACGGACAUCUUGUGAGUGCAAUCUGAAUGACACAGUGUUUUCAGCUGGGAAGUUGUGGUGGAAAGCUACUUAGGGCCCGGGCUGUAGCACAGUCAUUUUCUUAUAUUGGAGAGACCUCACUUUGGCACCUGGGGUUACUGUUUUCCUUUAGAGUGCUCAUUGUGUGACUAGUGUGAUCACUUGUUCUGCAGAGUGUUUUGUAAUGCAGUUUCCUUUUUUAUGUGAUGUUUACAGAGAGCUAUUUGGCAGUUUGUAUUUGUGCACCGCACGUGUUACUCAUCACUGUGAAACUGGCAUAUCUCCGAUAGUGUGUGCAUCAUUUCUUGUAUGUGUGCUGCCAGUUUAAGAUUCUCUUCUGUAGCUCGAAAGGUGUUCGUUUGUUAGAAUAGUGUAUCCGGUCACAAGCAUUUUGUUACAAACCGCUCGACUGUAUAUUUACAGUGUCAUUUAGUGACAACAGUGCCUGCUGAGGAGAUGAGGUGGUCUUUUUAAUUAUUAUCUAAAUGAUUCCAUUGGUUGUGUUUAAAACUAUUUCAAAUGGGCGUUUUAUCAAAAGAAUUUUAUGUGUAUACGUUUCUGUUGUACACAUAUGUAAUAUGGAAGUUAGGAAAUUUCAGGGUUGAGCAUUGGUGUAUGAUGUAUUAAAGUAAGAGUAAGUGUAUAUUAAGAAAUGCCUUAAUUAUGGCUACUUUACCAGAGAACAAAUUGUGAAUAUGUAUAAUUUUUUUAGUGUAUAGUAUAAAUUGCUUGAUAGAAGCUAAUAGCCAAAGUUUUUGAAAGAUGUUAAUUUUUCCUAGCAAACAAUCUUUGAGAGAUUUGUUAUGGUGCAAUAUUAUGGUAUGUAAUAGCUAUUGAGAUCACAGAUGCUUAUUCUUUACUUUUAGAAAUGUCAAGGGCUAUCCACUGCAGAUUUCAGUUUGUCAUCAUGUAGUCUUAAUUUUGUGUGCACGGCUCUUUUACAAUUUUUAAGAAAGAAAUGUCUGUAUUCUGUACCAAAUGAUUUAAUUUCAAGAUUAUUUUUUUAACAGUCACAAUUUUUGUACACAGGUGUUUUUUUUUUUUUACUAAAAAUAGAUGCCCGUUACUCAAUACCGACUGUAACUCCGUUCGUAUUGUGUGAACAGUGUUUGAGAAAUCUCUCGUCACUGGAAAAACCGGCAGAGAACGAACUGCUGUGAACAGUCACAUUGUACUAGCUAAUGGUAGCUGCCUGCUGAGUGGGUGCGAUACGCCUCACUCUACGAGGUAUCGUUACAGAUUGUUUACAGUGUAUUUGAGAGUUGUGCAGCUGACGUGAAUAGUUUUUUCUCUAGGCAGCAGUUUUUUAUUUUGUACGAUUGUAAUUUUUGAUUCGGUGCCCGAGUGAUUUAAUAUUUGACCAGCAGCUGAAUAAUUAUUGCUGCGAAAGAUUUCACUUAUUCCUACUGACCGUGUCAUUUGGCUCUCAGUGCAAUUAACAGUGAAAUAUUGUAAGGCUCUUUUAAAAUGAAGUAAAAACCCUUACUUCCAUUUGGGUAUUUAAAAUCUUACUGAAUGGCAUCAGUUGAAAUUUUAAAUACUGGCCAAAUAUGUAUCUGAUUCAAUAAUCUUGGAAGUAAAUCAUUUGUAUUAACAGUUUUUCAAAUGCUUACACCUUCCACAGAAUGGUGUACGACACAUGUUUCGUGAAAUGUCAGUUGUGGAGAAACUGUGAAGACUUAUGCAAUGAUGACUCCAUAGUUACCCAGUUCUUUGACACUUGUAUUGUGAGUUCUUAUAUUUGUCUUGUCUUUUUUGUAAAUAUGAAACUUUUGUAUGAUAAUUUUCAUCAUGUAAGCAUAUGUAAGUGAUUUGAUUGAAGUGUCCACAUUUUUGUUUAGUGUGAAAAUUGUUGGAAUGAUGAAUAUAUGAUUGAAAUGAGUAA